CUGAGACGGUUCAGGAAGAAAAUUUCAUUCUUCAGUCGAAUCCUAAAUUUUAGAUGGAAAGAAGUGAGCGUACAUAUCGGUCACGUUGCUCAUCCGACGAGGAUCCGUAUCGAGUGUCACUCUCCACUUGCGAAAAAUAGGAAAUCUGGUAUGAGAACGUAUGCCAGUCGAAUCGUACCCGCAAAUAUCUAUGCCAUCGUUUCGGCUAUCGGAAAUGUAUCGACUACGAUCAGCUAUGUGAUAUGCACGAGGAUUGCCCGGGUGCAGAAGAUGAGGAUAAUGAACUGCACAAUUGCAGUAAGUUUUAGUUUGUGUGAAAUCUGA